AACGAGAGGCAAACAUGCCCGGAACGAAUUUAAUUGUUCCUGUGGUUUUAUGGGGUAAACAUGCCCCCACCCAUUGCGUGUCGUCAAUCUACAUGUCCAGGGACCAGAAGACGCUGGUCACUGGAUGCUAUGAUGGUCAGAUGUGUAUCUGGCAGGUGGAUCCUGAGACAUUGAAGAUGACCCCUAGGUGUUUACUAGUUGGCCAUACGGCGCCAGUUACUUGUUUGUCGAGAGCUUCUAUUAUUCAGGACAACAACUACAUAGUGAGCUCGUCAGAAGCUGGUGAGAUGUGCACUUGGGAUCUUGUUGACGGAAAGUGUAGGGAGAGCGUCAAGUUGACGCAAGUCCAUACCAAUAUUCAGGCCUACCACAUGUGCAACAGUGAUGACCUACGUCUGUUUUGCAACGGCUACUAUGCAGAGAUACUGAUCAUGGACCCUUUCUCUCUGGAGAUCCUAUUCUCAUUGAGCUCGAAGAUGAAUCCUGAUUGGAUUUCUGCUUUACAUGUCCUCAGACCGUCAUCAAGGAAGGACGACGUUGUUCUUGCAAUUUCGAUUACUGGCACUGUGAAGGUGUGGUCCCUCCUGGGCCACGAGAACAAGCAAUCGGAGCCAAUUUACGAGAACGAAUCGAAACAGAUUCGCUGUCUCAACGCCCUGUCGUUAAACUGUUGUUCUUACAAUCAGAGAACUGUGCUAAUUGUUUGCGCAAAAUACUGUCAAAUAUACGACGCUGGUGAUUUCUCGGUGUUAUGCGGCAUAACAGCACCAGCUGGUGAGAGAUGGCUCUCUGGUGAUUUCCUGGCACCAGAUCGUGUGUUAGUCUGGUCAACUGAAGGCAAAGGAUAUAUGUACAAAUUGCCUGCCAACAAACUUCGCGGACGGGCCGUUAUUAGUUCCGUACCAGAUCAUAAAGGAUUCCACGGUCCAACCGUAGACCAUGACAGCCCUGUGUUGUACGGUAUUCUGGCACAUACUGAUAAUAAGCUUCUCUCCUGCCCCCCUUCAAUGAGAUUUAUCAUAACUUCCGUGGGAGGAAAACAACGUCGUCUUUUGCUUCGUGGUGAUUCUCAUGGGGUAGUGUCUGUGUGGAAUGUGGACGCCGCCGCUACGCCCGUAGCAGGAAAACCUACAUACGCGCCUAUCGUACUGACAAGUCUUUCCCUUGCUUGGACGGAAAUGAAUCCGAGUCCAGUUGGCAUUCUGGAUCAGCUGAAUCACCUUGAUGAGCCUGAAAUCAAACUUACAUCCUCAAUUUACAUUCUAGCCGCGAAUCGUUUGGUAGUAGGUCGUGAAGAUGGCUCCAUAGUAAUUGUGGACGCAACACAUACUGUCCAAUUGCAGCUUUUGCAUGGUAAACAUCAGCAUUCCGAUGACUGGGCGACCCACCAACUUCUUCUGGGGCACAAUGGACGUGUAAAUUGUCUACUAUACCCUCAUCAUGUACAUCAAAGAUACGACAAAUCCCACCUCGUCUCGGGCGGUAUAGAUUUCGCAGUGUGCCUAUGGGACUUGUUCAGUGGCUCGUUGCUGCACCGCUUCUGCGUACACGCAGGGGAAAUCACGCAGCUCAUAGUCCCGCCGCAUAAUUGUACUCCCCGCAUACAAAAAUGCAUCUGCUCAGUCGCAUCAGACCACAGUGUGACAUUACUUAGUCUCUCGGAGCGCAAAUGCGUGACUCUAGCGUCUCGCCACUUAUUCCCCGUGGUGACCAUAAAAUGGCGACCGCUUGACGACUUCAUGGUGGUAGGAUGCAGUGACGGCACGGUCUACGUAUGGCAGAUGGAGACGGGGCAUUUGGAUAGAGUUCUACAUGGUAUGAUAGCCGAAGAGGUGCUGGCAGCUUGUGAUGAAACGUUAACCGACGACCUGGGAGGGUCGAUUGGUGGUGGAGGCAGCAGCGACAUGCAGGGAUUGGCCAAUCCAGCUGUGCAUUUCUUCAGAGGCCUCCGGCACCGAAAUCUGAAUGCCAUGCGGGCCGCGACCCAACGCGGGUUGGCGGCGCUGCAAACCACAGGGCAGCAGGGCAGCGCGGGCCCGCUCGCCGAGCCCAUUCGCCGUCGAGCACCACUCACUGUGCAGGGCUUCCGAUCCAAUCCCGCUGAUCCCGAAAGCCAUAUACUGUUCUUCGACAUCGAGGGCCUGAUCGUCGAACUGCUCAGCGAGGAAUAUUCUGCAAUGAGUCCGGCUAGUUUGGAGGCGGCGGGUCUUAUUUCAAGUGAAUACAUGACCAUGGCGCAACUGACUCGUUCGGCCAGCCCUGAUGCAGCUAAGAGGAUAUCAGAUUUCUUCGGUCGAGUCAAAGACAAAGCUGGAGAUAUGGAGCGGAUUCUCAAAGAGAAGGAUAAACAUGGUAUCCUGGCGAAAAUGAAAGAGAGUGCUGAAACAAUGCAGACCAAGUUACAGGCGAAGGCCGAGCAGCUCAAGGGACAUCUAGACCACAAAGAUGAAACCAGUAGUAAUAAACAAAAGCGGCCCAAGGAUGUCACUCUGGCGGAACCACCGCAUACCAUGGAAAUUGCUCAGAUCCUCAUCUCCUUGCUUCACGCUUGGGGCUUGGACCCUGACCUGGACAGGGUCUGCGAGUCCAAACUGGGACUUCUACGGCCUAUGGUGCCAGUCUGCUUCGGCGUGGUCUCCCGCCACGGCCACAUGGCGGUCCAACUUCCAACUCGCCUCAAUGACUGGACUGACGCCUGCAAUGCAGCUCCUACUGACCCUAUACUCACGACUUCUGGCUUGCCACCGGAGUUGCUGCGACAGGAGAAAUUGACCAGACUAUUCUCCUCGAAACUUCACUGGGAGCUUAGCACCACGCUCACAACGAACCACCUUCUCUCCAUCGUGGCUCUAGCCAACACCCUGAUGUCCAUGAGCCAGGCUAGUUUCGUGCCUGAACAAGAGAUCGCUAGGAAGCUACACAGGCCUUCAACGCGCAGCACAUCUUCCUGGGCUGGAGACGAGGAACGAGAAGAACAGCUAGCAGCCCAGCAGGCUCAUAUCAAGCAGGGAUGGUCACUGUUAGCCACCCUGCACUGCGUGUUGUUACCCGAUAAAGUGGUAGCUGCAGGAGCUAAGAACUUCAAGCGUCCACAAGUAGAGAUGCUGGCUCGACGUUGGCAACACCAUUGCCUCGAAGUGCGAGAUGCCUCACAGGCUUUGCUGCUAGCCGAGUUAAGCAGACUGGGCCCCAAAGGCCGAAAGGCGUUAGUAGACAACUGGGCCCAAUAUCUUCCGCUGUACACCCACACCGAAAGCAUCAACCCUCACGCCUCGCAGAAGGAGCCAGCGGAAAAGGUCACCCGAGUACAAGACGAAGAAUUCGAGGAAGAGGAAGAAGAAAUUGUUCGCAAGCCGUCUUCUCUCGCUGAGUUGAAACGAAAGCAGACGACUGCCGUGGUCCUAUUAGGCGUCAUCGGAGCCGAAUUCGGACAGGACAUCACUAGUGAAGGUGCUGCUGGGAACAAGAGACGUAAAGAUGGUGAUGUUGGUAGGAAGAGUUCCGUUGUUGAAGGCUUCACCCUAAGCUCGUCCAACAACCUGGCGCGCCUGACCGCCCUGGCGCUGACGCACCUGCUGCUGUCGCCGCCGUGCGCGCGCCUGCCUGCGCACACGCCGCUGCGCCGCGCCGCCGUCGACCUGCUGGGCCGUGGGUUCACCGUUUGGGAACCCUACUUGGACGUCAGCCAUGUUUUACUGGGGCUGUUGGAAAUGUGUUCGGACGCAGACAAGCUGGUUCCGUCGAUGACGUACGGCCUGCCACUGUCCCCGCAGGCGGACUCGUGCCGCACAGCGCGACACGCACUCACGCUCAUCGCCACAGCUAGGCCCGCGGCCUUCAUAACGACGAUGGCCCGCGAGGUGGCCCGCUGCGCCGCCGCGCAGCAGAGCGGGCAGCCGUCGGCCGCGUACCUGGCGCUGCAGCGCGGCCGCGCCGAGGUGCUGCGCGGCAUCGAGCUGCUCAUCGACCGGAUGCACAACGAGGUGGCCGAGCUGCUGGUCGAGGUGAUGGACAUAAUCCUGCAUUGCGUGGAUCAGUCACAUUUGAAAAGCAAAGGCCUCAACGAAGUUUUUCCCGCCAUCUGCCGUUACAACCAGGUGUCACAUUGCCCGGCCACAAGAAGGAUUGCAGUGGGCAGCCACACGGGCCAGCUGGCGCUGUACGAGCUGCGCGCGGGCCGCUGCCAGUCGCUGGCGGCGCACAACGGGCCCGUCACCGCGUGCGCCUUCAGCCCCGACGGCCGCUACCUCGUCUCCUACGCCACCUCGGACAACCGCCUGUCCUUCUGGCAGAGCACCGCUGGAAUGUUCGGCCUAGGCGCAGCCCAAACACGUUGCGUGAAAUGCUACAGCACGGCGCCUAUGGCGGACGUGGCUCGCCUCAACCCCGCGCGGUUGGCACGCCUCGUAUGGACGAAUUCGCGUACAGUCACACUGAUGCUUGCUGACGGAUCCGAAACUAGAUUCAAUGUAUAAUAACCUCUUUGUUAUAUUAAAACAGUCAUUCUGCCGCCGUUAGUUGAAAUGCAUAUGACUUUUUUUCUACAAAAUUGUGUAUACUGCCGUGAUCAGUAAAAUAAAUCUG